AUGCCUCCCAGAUUACAAAGCCUGCAACGGCUAGGCACUGCCAGCUUGUGCCUACGCCCGGCCGUGAGGCCAGCAACCCCAAGCUUCCUCCCCGUCAUCCAAACCGCCAACAUCUCCCAGCGCGAGAAGAAACGCAAGGCGAAGCAGGACCCGUACCGACAUCAGCAGGCGCUGCAGAGAAAGGCUGCGAAUGUGAAGAGGCAGAGCGAGAUCCAGGCGGAAAGGGACGCGAAAUGGGGCGACCCGGUUCACGGCAUCCCGACUCCCUUCGUCGAAUCGUUCGACUCGGCUGGCCAGGCGUCGACGACCAAGAUCGUCAAGGACGACAAUGGCAACGUCAUUUCUGAGCCCCGCCCGCUCCCUACAUCUCCAAACCUUCUCAACCAUCUUGUUACCAAGGAAGAGCUCCAGCACGUGAUACAGAAGGCCUACGUCCUGACCAAACCCGUCAAGAGCGAUAUUCAGGACUACGUAGACCCUGCGGCAGAGGACCUGGCUGAGAAGAAGCACCAGGAGAACCAUGCCAAGGCGGUCGAGGCCCUCAACCGCAUCCUGUCCAUGGACAAUGCCAACUCCAAGAUCCUCUUUCACACCAACAUCAAGAGAUGUAUCGAUGAGUUUGGCCGGCACAAGACCGAUGAGUUCCUCCGGCAGAAGCCCAAGUCCGCCCUCGUGAACCCUAACGCCCCGCCGCCGCCCCCGAGAGCUGGCCCAGACACCGGUAGCUCAGAGGUACAGAUUGCGAUUCUGACCGCCAAGAUCAGGAAGCUGGCGCAGGAGCUCUCGCAGAACCGCGGCUACAAGGACAAGCACAACAAGAGAAACCUCAGAGUCCUCUGUCAUAGGAGGCAGAGACUGCUCAAGUAUAUGGAGAAGAAUGAGAGGGGAAGCGAGCGGUGGACGCACAUGCUUGAGAAGCUGGGUCUGUCACCAGCGACAUAUAAGGAGCAGAUCAGCUUCUAG